UAAAAACACAGCGCAGAUACAACUGCCACGACUGUUGUCAACAUUUCCCAUUGCCUCAGAGUUUAUUAGUGAAAGAUGGAGAAAAUGUAUGAGGCUGCAGAGGAUGACUGGGAUGAUGAUGAAGAUGAGGCCAUUCACUACACAAUUGAACAGAGUCCUAUUGGAGUACAGUAAACAAGCUGAUUCAGCAACCAGCAGUGAUCCAUUAGACUGCAUCGACCACGAGGAAAUUUUCACUGCUAUACAAGCUGGUAAUGAAGAUGCUCUGAAGGUCCUGGUGCAGCGUAAAGAGGCUUUGUCUAAUGCAGACAACAAGGGAUGGAUUCCUUCGCAUGAGGCAGCGGUGCAACACAAGAGGAUCAUUCUGGAGAUCACGUAUGCAGGUGGAAGAGAUGUUCAACUGCGAGGAAAAAAGAGAGCACCUACUGUAUGGUGGGAUUAAAAAGUUACAAUUACCUAUUUACAUUUUUCAUAAAGGUAGAAUUGCGAGAU